UAGAGAAGGAGGCCGGCUUAGAGGUAAGCGAUGGAGGAGCAGCAAGUCGUCCCCGUGGCUCAGUACACGGGCGUCACACGGGAGCGCUUCUUGCAGGAUAUCUACCCUCUGAGGAGGCCAGUCGUGCUGAAAGGACUAGAUGUGGGCCCUUGUGUGAGCAAAUGGACAGUGGAUCACCUCAGUCAAGCAGCAGGAGAUAAAGAAGUGAAAGUUCAUGUUUCCACUGUAGCACAAAUGGACUUCCUCAGUAAGAAUUUUGUAUAUAGAUGGGUUUUUGACCCAAUGCAGAGCUUACAACCAGAUGAGAAACCAUGGCUUCUCUUCUUCCUGGCUUGUUUGCAGAUCAUGGAUAACUUCUUGAUUCAGGUGAUGGGAAAGAAAAAAGUUGUACUCUACAGUCCCCGUGAUGUACCGUAUUUAUACUUAUCAGGUUCAAAGUCAGAGGUGCUAGAUGUGGAUAAGCCAGACUUGAAGAAAUAUCCUCUCUUUGUCAAGGCCAGACGUUAUGAAUGUGAGCUGAAGGCUGGAGAUGUCUUGUUCAUUCCUGCUUUGUGGUUCCAUAAUGUGACUUCUGAAGAGUUUGGAGUCGGAGUCAAUGUUUUUUGGAAACACCUUCCUCCUAUAUGCUAUGAUAAAACAGACACUUAUGGAAACAAAGAUCUUGCUGCAGCCUCAAAAGCAGCACAGAUUUUGGACAGAGCGCUAAAAACCCUGGAAGAGCUACCUGAAGAAUACAGAGAUUUCUAUGGUCGGAGAAUGGUUUUACGCAUCCAAGAAAAAAUGUAUAGUGCUAACUAUGAAUAACAAGCAUUUUCAAUCUGAACAGACUUCUUCUUGCGGAACUAUAGACACUGCACAUCAAUGCUUUUUAUAUUAAACAUAUAAGAAUGUUUAUUGUUGACCAGUUCACUCUUCAUGUGUGUUGCUUGGACUUUGUUCUGAUUUAAUACACUACUUAAGCUGGACUAGUAUUGAAAAGGCCCAGAGUGCUUACUUGAAAUGUAAAUUCCUUAGGGGAAGAUGUGAAGAUUAAAAGGAGAAAUGAUAGAAUCAUUAAAACCUAAUAAAGUUA